AUGGUGGAAAGAUAUUUUGAUUUUGCGGCCUACUAUAAAGCCGGGAAACCCAAGACCUUCAUCUGCAAGCCAGAUCCUGACUAUGACUGGCGCGGCAUCUUUUUGACCCAGGACAUCAGAGAUAUGCAGUGCGGGGAGGACGUGAUCUGCCAGGUCUACAUUCCGAAGCCCUUCACUUUGGAUGGUGUCAAGUUUAACCUCAGGCUCUACGUCUUGGUUACUUCCUGUGACCCUCUGCGGAUAUACCUCUACAAUGAGGGCCUGGUCUGCUUUGCCACUAAAAAGUAUUCCGAACCGACCGAAAAGAAUUUAGAUGACGUCUGCAUGCACCUCACCAAUUACGCCAUCAACAAGCGUAUGAAGAACUUUGUCCCGGAUGAAAAGAAAGGCAGUAAAAGAAAGCUGUCUUUUUUUAACCAGUACAUGGGGAGCAAUGACUAUGACCUGGAGGUGCUGUGGAGCAGUAUUGAAGACGUGAUCAUCAAAACCAUUCUGUCUGUGUAUCCGGCCCUGAGGAACACCUACUUCACCUGCUUCCGAAAUCACGUGUCUGGGAGUGCUUGCUUUCAGCUCCUCGGCUUUGACAUCCUGCUGGACCACACCUUGAAACCCUGGCUGAUGAAGGUUAAGCAUUCACUGAGCUCUAUGACCGACUCCAAGCUUGAUCAAGAGGUGAAGGAGGAUCUUCUUUAUGAUACACUCUGCAUGAUUAACCUUGCAGCUUGUGGCCGGCAGAAAGACAUGGAGGAAGAGAGGCCGCGAAAGAAGGAACAGCUGCCUAAGAUCUGGUGGUCGCGGGAGUACAGAGCUGACGAGACACGAAACAACCAGGCUACCUGGGUGGAACAGGUGGAAAAGUACGAAGACGAAAACAUGGGGAACUUCAAAAGGAUCUACCCGAGCUCCACUUCAGAGAAAUACGAGAAGUUCUUGGAAACAGUUGACUCCAAGGCUCGGGAAGAAUAUGUCAGGCAGAUACGCAGGGAAAUUCAGCAGAGGCAGGAGCAGAAGGAAAUGCUCCUCAAAGAACUGGGGUUCCCUGAAGAGAACCUGCAAGAAGAGUCCCAGUUGCAGAAGAAUCCGACCCUGUUGAUCUUGGUGAAGCCAAAGUCACCAGAAGGACUGCAGACGUCAUCAUCCUCCACUCCUACCAGCCAAGUGCUAGGAAUUGUCUCCAGCCCAAGCCAGCGAGCAGACAGCUGGGAAGAGAAGAAUGUGGGCCACAGCUGUGAAUUGUCUCCAGGCAGAGCAGAUGUUGAGCCAGAGCUGGUUUCUGAACAGAAGGCCGAUGGCACAGAACACUGCUCGCUGCUCCAGAACCAAUCCCAAGCAGAGCAGAAAGAACCAGGCCAGAAGCAGGAGCAGACAGAGGUUCCAUCUGAGAUCCCUGCUGAAGCUCAAGAGGGAAAUGCUGUGAGUGAGGCAGUGAACCAACCGGAGGCCGAUGGUCAAAAGUUCCAACAGCAGGCCCAAGUCCUGGAUAAACAAGAGGCCGAAGACGGGGAUCAGCAGCAGGUUCAAGAUCUGGUCCUACUGGAGCCCCAAGCUCUGAAAGAGGCCAAAGACCUGGCGCAGCAGGAGGCGGGAGAUGAAACUGGGCAAGAGUCACCAUACCCACCUCUACUGAAUACCCAGUCGGAGAUCUUCGAGGAGCUUGACCAGAAGAGCACAGUUGUUGGGGAGGAAACCGAACCAGCGGACGCGUGCAGCAUGCUGCCGGCCGAAAGCACAGAGCAGAAUGGGAGCUCGAGGCAAUUCCUCCCUGAGGUCCAGAGUCAGCUCAGGAGCCAAGGUGGCCCCGAGGCCCAGGCGCUCCCCCAGGGGGGGCAAAAGACCGCAAGAGAGACGCUGAGCGCAACGGGCAACCCGCAUGCCGCCUCGAAGGCCAUCAAGAAGUUGUCUAAGGUCCUGAAACGCAACCGCAGCCAAGUGGGCCUGGCAAGCAAUGUGAAUUGUUCCGGACAGACUGAUGCUGCAGAGCACGUUAAUGUCACUGAGGAGAUUUCAAAUGCACCUCGGGAUCAGUGUGAUUCCUGUUGCAACUGCUGGGGUUACAACAGGAUCUGCUGCAUGAGCUGGUUACGGGACAGUGCCGUGGAACGCGACUGCAGGAACCCGCCCGAGCACCAGCAGAAUCAAGUUGCCGAGAGGUUUCCCAACGCGUCUGCCUAUCCCGAGAGGGUGACCGAGGACAGGAGCAAACCCAGGAUUAGACAAAGGGACCUCAACAGUCAUGGCAGGAACACUGCUCAGCACUGCGGGCCCUGCUGUCUGCUCUGACUGAGCCGUAGAAGUAAGGCUACAUCUGUGGUGGUCGCCAAUACAAAGUGCCUGACAUUAUAAGAAGCCCUGUUCACAUAUAUAUGUCACACCCAAUUUGUGUACCUGCUCAAGCCGAGUGAAGAGGACGGACGAGUGCGGGAGCGGUCGGCGGUUCCGGGACGGCGGAUACCAGAAUUCAACGGUUCGAAGGUUGUUGGAGUUUCGGAGGUCGUUACAUGGACGGAUCAGGGAGGUGUGAGCUCCAACGACUUAAUUUGGUGCACAAAACUGACAAAUUUACUGAGUGUCACCUUUGUUUUUUUUUGUGUCCACUACCACACCACCAAAAAGAGUUAUGAAGUGUAACUUAACUGUACAUUGUGUAUUGUCUGAUAUUUUACAGUGUGGGCUUGUAUCGGGGUGCAUUACGUAGCGUCUACGCAAAUGUGAGUACACAGUUUGGUAGGGCCUACGGCAGUUCCCCUAGACGGACGUGAGUUGAUCGAGCUGAGCGUUACAUAUCUAUCUAGCUAGGGUGCCUGAGACUUUUGCACACAGCGCUGUAUUUGUCAACAUGGAGCGGAGAGCGAGCUUGUAAAUCUGGCAGGAGCAAAGAAUGUUGGGAAUGGCGAGGGUGGAGCACCGCGGGAGGGGUGUGGGACAGGUGGCAGAGGAGGAGUGCCAAUGCACUUGUAUAGCGUGGUUGCAGACACACCCAGCCCUGAGACACCAGGCAAGGCCAUUUGAUUCCAAACAACUGGUUUAUUGAUCAUUACAGAUGUCUCUCUGGUGCUUCCCACUCACUGCCUCUCCCUUCCCCUAUUCCCAACCAUGAUCCCCCCUCUCACAGUCCACAAUAGAGACCCACAUCAGAAUCAGGUUGAUCAUCACUCAAAUACAUAAUGAAAUUUGUAUUUUUUUUGCAGCAGUACAGUGUAAUCCAUAAAAUCACUACAGCACUGUGCAAAAGUCUUUGGCACGCUAUUUAUAUAUAUGGUUGUGUGUGUGUGUCUGUCCCUAAGAAUUUGGCACAGUACUGUACAUACUUUGAUAGAAAAUUUUUCAAAGUUCCAAGUUGAAAGUAAACUUUCACUUUUCAUCUUGCAGGCGGUAACAGUCCACGUUGGCAAUGAUCUACAGAAAAACCGCUUCAGCCGUUACUAGGUGAUUCAACGCCUCUACAGUGCACUGAUGCCCCUGUCCACUUACGCUCCAGCCUCUUCCGUCUUGGACAUGAUACGACGCCGCUUAAAUUUAAGAAGAAAUCAUUUUAUAACUUGCUAAUCUACUGAGUGGAAAUUUUAGUCCUUAACUUCCUACUUUUUGUAAAUGUAUCUCUUUCCAAAACGAAUUAAAUAUAUUUAAAGCUU